CGCAGUGGUGCCAAUAACUUGCAACAGAUAAGUGGGCCAGCGGCCCAUUCGCCGGCGACGCUUUACAAUUCGCCACAGCACAGCGCUCAACACACAUCCCUAGCGACGGCAACAGCUCACGGACAUCAUCCCCUUUCGCACAAUCAUCACAAUCAGCAACAUAGCCCAGCGGUACAGUCCGAUGCUUUUAGUGUAGGCGUUGGUGGUCUUGGCGUUCUUGGCCCUAAAGGACCUUCUGCUACGUCUGGAAAUACAACUGCCUCCUUGCGACAACACAUGUACAUGACAGCAGCCGCUGCGGCUGCUGCCGACCAGAGCAUUAGCAGUUUUAGUUCAAAUCCUUCAACCCCGGUAAACUCCCCACCGCCACUGACACAAAGUGGUUUAUCGCAAUCCCUAAUUGAUAAAUCAGUUGUUGGUAGUUCUGGAGGUGGAACUCCAUGGGGAGCCGUUUUAAAUGGUGGUGGUGGUGGUGGUGUGAAUUCAGUUAGUGGCGGAGGCAUGGGAGUUGGUGUAGGCGGCAGCUACGCCAGUGACGUUGGUCCAUCCGGUUUGCACACAAUGGCCGCUGUCUUCCAAGGUGCGCGCAUGGAAGAACGUCUUGAUGACGCGCUUAACGUGUUACGUAAUCACUGCGAGCCUGAGCUGCUGGGCGGCGUAGGCGCUGCACUUUCGGCAAUGGACCACAUGGAUGGGCUGUCUAGUUUUGUGCCAACAUCUCCGCCAUCGCACAUGGUCGGCGGUGUGGGCAGCACAAGUGGUGUAUCAGCUCUACAUUCACCACAUGACGUUCUGUCAGGCGCCGGUCCGUCGGUGGAUACAGUAGGCGCAGCUAGCGGUAGUGGAAUGAAUGCCACGCCAUCAGCGGUCACACAAAUAAAGAUGGAACGAACAUCUACGGCCACAUCCAGCGGCUCUGGAACCACGACGAAGUCAUCAAAGAAACGAAAAGAAGCAGCAGCCGCCGCUGCUGCCACAACCGCAAUGUCUGCCGCAUCGGCUAACUCUGGCGCAGGAGCUUCAACGUCGUCAAUGAGUGGUGCUAUGGGAGGCGUAGUUGACGGACCUGAUACGAAACCAACCAGCUCAAUGGAGGCUACUCAACACAACCAUCCUGGGGCGUCAGGCAAAGGCUCAAAACGACCGCGUCGAUAUUGCUCGUCAGCAGACGACGAUGACGAUGUAGAGCCAGCCGUUAAGGCGAUGCGAGAAAAAGAACGACGUCAAGCGAAUAAUGCGCGGGAACGUAUACGCAUACGUGACAUUAACGAAGCGUUAAAAGAGCUUGGACGGAUGUGUAUGACACACCUGAAGUCGGAUAAACCGCAAACAAAGCUGGGCAUCUUAAAUAUGGCCGUGGAGGUGAUAAUGACACUGGAACAGCAGGUACGUGAGCGUAAUCUAAAUCCGAAAGCGGCUUGUCUGAAACGUCGUGAAGAAGAAAAAGCAGAAGAUGGGCCAAAACUUGCGGCGCAGCAUCAUAUGUUGCCACAGCCACCAGGCGGUGGUGUUUACGGCCAACCGCCAUUGCCACAGGUGUCAAUACCACCUGGCGCCGGUCUGCCAGUACCACCGCCACAAGGAAGUGGAGUGCAAUUGCCACCACAUCUACAACAGCACAAUCAGCCGCAACAUCCACAACAAUAGCAGGCGGCAGCAGCAUUAGCAGCGGCUACAGCACUCAUGACUGAUCCUCCCACUUCCCAACUACCACCCUUCACCACCCAGCAGCAGCAACAGCACCACCAGCAGCAACAGGAGGCCAUCAAUAACAGCAACACCAAUACAACAAACGCCCUCGAAUUGGAGCAACAAUUAUUGAAUAACCUUUUCAGGCGAAGACAUCCACCGCCACCACACCUACAACACAGCGGAAGCAACACGCAUGCGCAAUUGCAAAUUCAGCAUGCACAGCACCAGCUGUAGGUAGACAGGCAGGCGCAACACCGGCAGGCAGCAGGCAGGCAGUCGCCUUUUUGCAAUUUUCCCGGUGAAGAACAAUAGCGAGGGCUGGCUGGCUGUCUUUUGUUGGUAGUUGCUCGCAUGAGCGGGCGCACACAAGCGCACAUCCCUUACACGCGCACACGCAAACACAUAGGUACGCACAUGGAAGCGUCACAAUUGUAUAUAAUUGAUAAAUGAGUAAGAAAACUAAGUACAUACAUACAUACAUAUUAUGUACAUAUACAUAUGUUUGUCGUACCUUUAAUUUUCACUGCGAUUAUUUGCGUGGCAUGCACGGCAAUCGCAUUUUUUACCGUCUUAUACAUACUUAUUUGUUUUUUAUAUUAGUGCUCAUUUCGUUUAUUGCUUUAUGAUUUAUUUAACACACAUACAUACAUAUGUACAAUGCUAUACUGUGUUGAAUUGUGUAGGUUUUAUCAACAAGCUAUUUUUUAACAGUUUUUAUUUCAUUCUCUACUUGUCGUACAACAACAAAUCAUGUAUAUACGACAGCCAUAUUUUUCUAUACCUUUAUAAAUUAAGUAGCGUAAAUGAUAAGUAGAUUUUGUAUCGCUUCGUUUGUCGUUUGUUGACCGUAUUUGUGCAUAUAUUUUAUCGUAAAUCCCAUCAUUGUCAUAAUUUCCUUUUUUUUUUUUAAUAUACUUUUAGAAUGUUUGUUUUAGAUAAUAGAAACCAAUAUUAGAUGAGCAAAAAAUUAUGAUGAGACAAAGUUCAAUUCCCACAAUCCACAUCUGCCAUUUUAUUUUAAAAGCAGUAAAGUUAUCAAGAAAACAACAAAAAAAUGUUGAAAAUCUAAUCGCUUGGUGCAUAUGGUUAACGGGAGGCAAUUUUUUAUUUUAAAAGAAAACGUUAGUAUCAGAAAAAUAUUUAGAUUAUGUCACCACCGGCAGGCAAAUGCUUACAAAAAUGCAUUGCAUUAAUCUCCAUUAGGAUUUUAUGUGAGCUAAGCAUUUAUAUCUGGUAAGCCACUCCAGCAACAUUAGCAUUUGUUAGUCACCAGAACUCAAGAAGCAGCCAAUGAUCCAGAGUGAACUCUGCAAUGUCGGUAUGGUUGGCAACAGCUAACGGAUAUACGUUUUAAAAAUUAGCAAACAUGAGUCAAGUUAUUAAUUGUUGUUUUUGCGCUAAUCAUAAAUAACUAACGGUUGCUCCGGCAACGUAAUCUCGAACAUCAUUAGAUCCACUGGCAUUACAUUUUUUUGUCGAAGUUUUUCAAAGCCUCUUGAUGACGGGAGCCUAUGAAUUGGCAGUACUACUGCUGCAUUCGGUCGACAUACCGCACCCUACGAUUAUCUGCCGAUAGAGCUGCCAGUACUGCUGAUAACGAAAUGACAGAAGUACCAUUUUAAAGCUCAGGACACAAUCACAAAAGACGCCGAUCUUUCUCUAGUUUUUCGUAUGUGUUAUUAUAUACAUAUAUAUAUAUACGCAUAUUCGUUCGGCUUUUGUGAACAUUAAAGACUUCUAUAUGAGUAGCGGAAAUACGGCAUAAGCAAACCCAAAGCAAUGAAAAAUCUGUAAGGAUUCGACGAAAAAAGUGGCACCUAGCCGUAAAUCUUAAACCUCAAGUGGAGUUUGUCUGUUUGUUGAUGAAACCAUUUGUGAAACAAAUUUCUUAUGAAAAGUUGGAAUGUUUUAAAAUUGAAGAGUUAAAAAAUUUAAAUUUUUUGGAACUUCUUCUUUGG